CCACACGGGGCCCCGGCGGGGACUGGGCAGCUCCCCCGGCCCUCCCCGAGUGUCAUCUCCCCCCGGCUCCCCUGGCUGAGCUGUGCCCAGGCCGAAGGGCCCCGCUCGCCUCCACGCGUGGUGAUGGGUUCAGUGCCCUAAAAGCCUUUGGCUGCUGGACGGGAAGGGGCAAAAAGCAGCAGGUGGUUGGGAAAGCGUGCCAGGUCACCAAGCAUGGCCACCCAGAUGUUCGAGGGCAGAGGGCAUGCGGCCAUCUACCAGAAAUACAGGUUUGCCCCGGGCAAAGAGCUGCAGCAGACCAUCCUCUCCUACCUGCGGGAAAAGAAAGCCAUCCCUGCGGAGCUGGCAGUGGAUGUUGGCUGUGGCUCUGGACAAGGCACCCACUUCCUUGGGGAGCACUUCAAGAAGGUGGUGGGCACGGACAUCAGUGAAGCACAGAUCCAGGAGGCCAAGGCCACCCCCUGCAUGCCCAACAUCUCCUACCUCGUGUGCCCGGCGGAGGAGCUGCCGUUCCAGGACGGCUCCGUGGACGUGCUGACCUCGUUCACGGCCGCGCACUGGUUCCACCUGGAGCGCUUCGCGCGCGAGGCUCAGCGCGUGCUGCGGCCCGGCGGCUGCGUGGCCGUCAGCACCUACACCCUGGACAUGAGCCUGCGCCACGGGGAGUGCUCCCAGCAGCUCACCAGAGUCUUCAGGGAGUGCUGGGAUGAGAUUUUAAAAUACUCAAAUGAUAAAGUAAAAUAUGUCUUGGAUGACUACAAAGCAAUCUUUGAGGCCUUGCCAUUCCCAGACAAGAAGAGAAUCACUGAUAUCUAUGACCCAAUUCCCAUGACUGUUGAGGGUGUGGUUGGUUACAUGGAGUCCACCUCUUCAUAUCAAACCUUUAAGAAGAAUGACCCUACAGCUGCAACAUCCCUCCUCCAAGAGACUGAAAAGAGGAUGCUGGAGACAAUGGGAGUUUCCUCUCGUGAGACCCCGGUGGAGUUCUUGGUGAGGCACGUCUGUGUGCUGGGGUGCAAGGGGUGCUGAGAGAGCAAACCCUUCUCCUGAUCUGCAGCUACCAUGGAAGGGGAAGGUGGAUUGUCUCCUAAAAUCCUGCUUGUAACUGCUCUUAUUCCUUGGGAGGAUUCCUGCUGAUUUUGCUGAUUGAAAUGUUGGUCUCCUGUGGAAAGCAGAUGGGGUUUUGUGCCCCUCAGCUUCCUUGGUCCUGCUGUCUGCCCAGCGCUGCUCCCUCAGCACUGGGAGUGUCCCCUUGUGGGUUGAUGGUUUAAUAACAUGGGGAAGAGAAUCACAGGAACAGCUGAGAAACUCACUGUUCAAUGUCUUACUCAAUUGAAACUCACUGCAUUUCUUACACAAUUAAUAAUAAUUAAAAAGCCAGCUGAGAAAA